AUGUUUGCCCCAAUUAAUAGCAGAGUGAUAAAUAACUUGGGAAGAAACUCCCUAGUGACAUUCACUCGUUCCGUUGCUCAGAUCACUUCCAUACAUGCCAUAACCUCCAUCAAAACCGAACCAUCAGUAAAACAACAUACAGUUGAAGAAGGUAACAAGAGAAAAAUGUUACUAGAAAGACCAGGUCUAUUCGGUAUCAAACGUGGUAUGAUCACUUGGUUUACUGAAGAUGGAUUGAAUCAUGCGGCUACAGUUGUUGAAAUAGAUUCUUGUGAAGUUGUGGGCCAUAAAAAGAAAGAAGAAACAGGAUAUGAUUCAGUUAUCAUUGGAGCUAUUGAUAAGUUAAAGAAUGUCAGAAAUGCUGACCUUAAGAAAUUCACUGAAGCUGGUGUUUGUCCUAAACAAAAACAUGGAGAAUUUAGAAUUAGAGGUACUAAUGAAGCUGGUUUCAUUCCAGUUGGAACUGAAUUAAGAGCUGAUUAUUUUGCUGUUGGACAAAUGGUUGAUGUUGCCGGUAUUACCAAAGGUAAAGGGUUUGCCGGUGUUAUGAAGAGACAUGGUUUUAAAGGUUUAAAAGCAACCCAUGGUGUUUCUAAAGCACAUAGAUCUGCUGGUGGUAUGGGUGGUAAUCAAAACCCAGGUAGAGUUUUACCAGGUAAAAAAAUGGCAGGUAGAAUGGGUGGUAGAAAUAACACUGCUUUUAAUAAAGAAGUUUUGCAUGUUGAUGGAGAUGCUGGUGUUCUUAUUCUUAAGGGUAAUAUUCCUGGUCCAAACAAAUCCAUUGUUAAAAUUAGAGAUGCUGUUAAACUUUAUGGACAAUCCCUCAAUGUACUUGCCAAACAAUAA